GGGGGCUUAGCGCCGGGGGGGGCUCAGCCUGGCGGCUCUCGGGCUGGACGUGGUGCUGACGUACAUCACGCUGGCUCCAGGUGCCCGAUGUCCCAUGGGAUGUGUCUCCCGCAGACGUGUCCCCUUGUUUGGUCUGAUGACACUGGCGAGGUUCGGUGCCCCGGCUGCGUCAGCGGGUGUUUGCCCACGCCAGAUUUGGGGGAUAAAGCUGGGUGAGCUGGGCGCAGCCGUGAGCACCCGGGGACGGCACGAGAGCAUCCAGGGACGGAACCAGAAGCAUGGAAAGCAUCCGGCUCUGCCUGCUCUGCCUGGCCAGCUCUGGCCUCAUCCUGCUGGAUGCUACGGAGCUGGCGCUAGGGCUCCAGCUGGAUGAGAACCUGUCCAGGCAGAGCCGGGAGAAGUCAGAGCUGGUCGAGGCGCUGCAGGAGGUGCUGGAGAAGCUGGGGAACAGGGAGCUGCCGGCGGUGGAGACGAGGCUGAGCUGGGUGCCCCUGUGUCAGCCUGGGGAGCCGUGCGCGGUGCGGAGGGGAGUUCGCAUCGGGAAGCGCUGCAGCUGCCCUCGCAGCACCACCUGCAACUUGGUCACCCUCCGGUGCUCCUGAGAGACCAGGGACAUCGGGGACAUCGAGGUACCGGGAUGCUGCUGGACCAGGCUGGGCGUCGCACUGUGGAGGGGGUGCUGUGGGUCCCCAGCCCCUUCCCCACACUGGGAUGGGCCUGGAUGUAUCCACACAGCACCCCAGCACCCUUGGGUGCCCUGGCCUGUGGGGCUGGGGGUGUCCAGGGCUGCA